UAUACUUAUAAUCUGAAAUUAAUAAUCCCAAUCUUCUCAUUCAUUCGCUGAUCUGAUCUGAUCUUCCUUCAAUUCCCCACAUUGCCUUCAUUUCACUUUAUUGCUCUAUAUUUUCAUUCUCUCUCAUAAUCAUCAAGUUCAUCAUUCCUUCAUGGAGACUGUUGAAUUGAAGGUAGAGAUGGUUGGCAUACAUGAAAAAAGACUGCGGAAAUGCCUCUCUAAAUUAAAAGGGAUAGAGAAAGUAGAAGUGGAUGCAAGUAGUCAGAAGGUUGUGGUCACUGGAUAUGCACAUAAGAACAAGAUACUGAAAGCAGUGAGGAGAGGUGGUAUGAAAGCUGACUUCUGGUCUGCCCAAAAUGAGCUCCUCAAUGCAUAUGCCGGUGCUAGUAGUUAUGCAAGCUUGAGAUUCAACAACUUCAGCUUCUUUUAGGACUUAUUCUUUUCUUUCUAUUUUCUAUAUAUUUUGGUGGAUACAUAUAUAAAUAUAUAUAUAUAUAUAUAUAUAUAUACACCAACUAAAGGUUGUGUGCGCGCUUUUUUGUGUUUUAACUGUCUCAUGUUCAUUGACACAGAGUGAAAUGAAAUACUCUUUAAGUUUUGCAGCCUUACUUGGCAACAUUUUUCUAUACUCAACACAGUAUGAAAAUUUACCAUUCUUGUGAGCU